UUUGAUCCAGUAGUGCUGCCCCCCUCCCCCUCAACCCACAUUCCUGACAGCAACGGUAAGGCUGUGCUCUGCUCUCUCCUUUGUUCCUUUAUUACCUCGUCCAUCCCUUGUGUCGCUCCUUCACAUCGCAUCUCCACCUCUGCUCCUCUCCUCCUCCGCCGCCGCGUCAUUCACCCUCGAGCCUUCAACUUUCUUCUUUCUUUGCCUCCUCCGGCACCACUCUCGUUUACACCGAGACACCGCGGCCUUCUUGUCUCUCGCUCUCUCCUCUAUUGCUUCUUCUUCUUCUCCUCUUCUCCUCCAUCUUCCUUUUCUUGCUUCUCCCCACAGUCGUCAAGAUGCGCUCAGCCCUUACAGCGGCCGCUGUGCUGCUCGCAGCCAUCCCUUACGCCCAUGGCCAGACCUACACCUCCUGCAACCCCUUGGACAAGACCGACUGCCCUACCGACCCCGCCCUGGGAACCACCCUCACCACCGACUUCACAAAGGGCGCGGACAAGUUCUGGACCCUCGCCGACGCAACCAAGAUGUCCUACACUGGCGACGGCGCCAACUUCGUCAUCAACACCGCCACCGACGCGCCCACCAUCAGCUCCUCCAAGUAUAUCUUCUUCGGCAAGGUCUCCGUCACCACCAAGGCCGCCCCCGGGACCGGCAUCAUCAGCAGCUUCAUCCUCGAGUCCGACGACCUCGAUGAGAUUGACUGGGAGUGGCUGGGAAGCACCGACUCCUCUGUCGAGAGCAACUUCUUCGGCAAGGGCAACACCACCAGCUACAACCGUGCCGUCUACCACAACGUCGCCGAUCCCAUCGGGACCUGGCACACCUACACCGUCGACUGGACUUCUUCCUACAUCAAGUGGUACAUCGACAGCAACCUUGUGCGCACCCUGAACUACGGCGACGCUCUUGCGCUCGAGGGCAAGAACUUCCCCCAGACCCCGAUGCGAGUCAAGAUGGGCAACUGGGUUGGCUGCGCCGACCAAGCUGCCAUGACUGACCCCAGCACACAAGGAACCUGCGAGUGGGCUGGCGGAGCGGCCAACUUUGACCAGGCCCCGUUCACCAUGUUCGUCAAGUCGGUGACUAUCCAGGAUUACGGCUGCGCCCAGACAUACACGUAUGGCGACCAGUCCGGCAGCUUUGAGAGCAUCAAGUCAAGCGGAGGUUGCGGACCUUCAGCCUCGAGCAGCAGUAGCGCUGUGAGCAGCAGCACUAGCAGUAGCAUCGCUAGCAGCAGCAGCAGCAGUGCCAGUAGCAGUGUCAGCAGCAGCGCCAGCAGCAGUGCCAGUAGUAGUUCCAGCAGCAGUGCUAGCAGCAGCGCCAGCAGCUCCAGCUCGGCCGCUUCCAGCGCUUCAUCGACAGCCGCCCAGUCGAGCUCAGGUUCGAGCGCCGCCUCGACGACUGGAUCUGCUGCGACCACGUUGGCUACCACGGCGUCCGGCGCUGGCGCUGGCGCAGUAGCCACGGCGUCCGGAACCAGCAGCCCUUCGUCUAGCGCCACUCCUUUAGCUGCCAGUGCCGCAAACGGCAUGAAGCCCCAGCACAAAUUUGGCGUCUUGGAUUUCGCCGUCAUGGCCUUGGGUCUCGGACUCGGCUACCUCGUUAUGUGAUGGAGUGUAUCAUAAGAGGCUUUGAAAUUUUAUUGUUUGUUGUUUUCUGACGUGGAUAUAGCUUCACAACUGCAUUGGACUGGACCUUGAUUGGAUGACGGCGAGGUCGAACGCUUGCCGUGGAGAAU